AUGGCCAGUGCCAAACGACACUGGUCUGGACGUAGCCCAGCGGCAGCUACUGUCGAAAGGAAACGCGUUUGCUUUUGCCUUGAGGACAAAGGUGGGCAGGUACUGAUUCAGAGGAACUGGCAAAACGUUAAUCAGGAGCAUUAUGACACAAGAACCGUGCACCCGAGGGAGGUGCUGCGCCAGGUUGCCGACUCAAUGAAUUGGCAGCGAAAUGAACUUUCUGUCACCCUCCCUGCGCACACUACGUGGAGGGCUGCCAUCCGAGCUGCCGAAGCAGCCCUCGGCGAUAUUGAUGAACCGAUGCUUUUAAUGCCUCGCGGAACUGGGAACCGUCGAGUACUUCGGGAGAUGGCACGCCUAUCAGCUUCGGAAUCGCCCUCGGGAAACGGUUUAGGUCUCCCAAUUCGAACAACUAUCGAUCUAAAAACGGUGGAACCCCGCCCGCCGCUGAGUACAGCAGCUCGCGAACGUCUCCGCAAGAUGGCUGAAGAGGCUGCCAAUACGGAAUUUCGAGAUCCGUACGUAUCACUUCGGCCGAAAUUAGGAGAAAGUUUCCUUCCUAUUGUUCGUGCAGAUCUUGUUUUACGAGGGGUGGACAGCAACGACACCGACCCUCUCUGCAAGCUUGAAGGGAUUGAUAUGAUAUUCGAUGCGGGAGCCCAUCGGACCAUUAUUGUGGAAGACCUGCUCUCCGCUUCUUUCCAAGAAUAUCUCAAGGGAUCGGUUCACGAUCCAUACCGCUCGAGCGAUGGUUCGGUCCUACAGGUUAGCGUUACUAUGGCUUUUACAAAUUGCCCUGUGGUUAUUGAAACUGUUGCCGUUAUUAUACCGAAAGCCAAGAUGCCGAACGAGCGGGUUGGAGUAUUAUUCGGACAAUCCUCAUGCAUUGAUCGACUUAGCCUUCGGAGUAUACCUCGGCGGAUGCUACUUGCAAAGGGGGCGGUGGUCUCAGACGAAUUCUGGGGGGAUAUUGUGGCGGAGGAGUAUCUCAACCUGGACGAUGAAAUUGUCUCUCUCUGA